AUGUGUAAAGCAGGUAAUGUUCUGAAUGCAUUUUUCCCUAAACUAAUACAUGUCACUUGUUUAGCACAUGGUUUUCAUCGGGUGGCAGAAACAAUAAGAUCAAGUUACCCUGACGUAGACCAAUUAAUAGCAACGGUUAAGAAAAUAUUUCUUAAAGCACCAAGUCGAGUAUUAAAAUUUAAAGAAUUGUACCCCGAUCUCAAUUUACCUCCAGAGCCUAUUUUAACGAGAUGGGGUACGUGGUUAGAAGCAGCUCUGUAUUAUUGUGAACAUUUUGAAAAAAUUAAAAAUAUAAUUUCAAGUCUAAAUACUGAAACUGCCACCGCUAUCGGUAAAGCAAAUAAUAUGAUGGAAAAUAAUAAUUUAAGAAAUAAUUUAACAUACAUUUCUGCUAAUUUUGGUUUUUUGAUUCAUACUAUAAAACAACUGGAAACUCGAAAUAUGCCCUUAUCAGAAAGUUUAUGCAUUGUUGAAGAAUCGCAAAAGAAAUUAGAAAAAUGUCAAGGUCACAUAGGAAAUGUAGUUAGAGAAAAAUGUAAAAAUGUGAUAGAAAAAAAUCAAGGACUGAAAAAUUUAAAAAUAAUUAGAGAUAUACUCCAAGGACUAAAUCCAACAGAAUUAUUAGAUGUCUAA